AUGAUUCCAGAUUCCAGUCGCGGAAUGCCGGCACUUCAAACCCUCACCAUGAACGUGAACAGUGGACCGGUCGUGGUGAAGACCGAAGAUACCUGUAAGUUGGGGUACCUUUUCAAAAGAUGUUUUUUAAUGGUUUUUAAAGUUUUAUCAGUAGAAUCUUAAUAUAAAAAGCUUGAAAAUUAUCAAAUUUUUAAAUUUACAUUUAAAAAAAUUUUUUAAAAAUUGUUUUUGAAAUUUUUGAAGCUAAUAGCCUAUGAUAAUAAAGCCCUUUUUUCAGCUUUACCAUGUAACAACUGCGGAGUAAAAUUUACUCAAAGUGAAAGCCUCAGGCGGCAUCAGUUAUUCUAUUGUAAAACCGAAGAAAAUGGCAGUGGUAAGUUAGCGGGGCGUGGCUACAACUAGGAUUGGGACUGAGGAAGGCCUGUAAAGGGGUCGAGAACAAGCCUUGGUUUGAGCCCCUUUCAAGCCCAAGCUGAAGCUAAGGCUGAAGACAACUAAAGCUCUUCAGGGCAAGGACUAAAGCUAAGGCUCGAGCUAGGGCCCAGGCCAGGGCUGGAACUAGAGCUGAAGUUAGAGCUUAGGCUAAAGCCAUGGCUAAAACUAGGGCGAAAGCUAGAGCUAAAGCUGGAGCUUAAGCUAGGACUAGGGCGGCUAGGGCCGGAGCAAGGACCAAAACUAGAGCUAGUACUAGGUCCAAGCAAAGGCUUUCGCUACAGUAGAGUUUUCAGAACCGUUUAUAAAACAUUAAGAUUUCUAACAAAUAACCUUUUUCCAGACAUUCACACCAGCACAACAACGACGAAAGAAGAGCCCCGACCUCAAGAAUCAACUCCAUCUACCUCAACCUCGAAUCUCCAAAGUCUUCUCAACAAUAAUAUUAGUCUACCCAACUUUGCUGACGCGAUUGCUGCCAUCAUUCAACAACAACAGAGCCAGCAACAAGUUUUGUUGCAACAGCAACUUCAGCAACAAGCUGUGAGCAACAUUCUUGGAGUGGGACAAACAAACACUAUCAUAUUACCGGUCGGUUAUCACAAUCAAAGUGAUAGCAGCAUCAUUCAGGUGAGUACUGAUUUUUGGUUUUUUGGUUGGAUUACUGUAACUUUUUGGCAAUUAUUUUUAUGAUUAUUGUUGAAACUUUAAAUUUAGGUGUAGACUAAGCUUAAAAAUGAUCUUUCAGGUAGUUAUAGACUUAUAAAAUACUCUAUAUUAAAAUUCCUAACCUAAAGGUAUACCUACUAUAUACAACAUCCGCUAAUUCCCAACUCUGAAAGCCUAAUAUAACCCUUGAUAUUAUCCCAAAAUGGCACAAAAAGCAUACCCUAACCAAAAUUUCACAUUUCAGGUGGUAGGCCCAGUCCAAACCGUGAUACCCGUAGCCAUUAGUCGCACUGUGCCAGUAGCCUCACGGUCGUUAAUGUUAGACGCCGCUUUCGCUUCACAACUACAGAUUCCACCAAAACUGCCAUUAAAUCAACCAUCAGGAGAGUUCGGUCUAUCUUUGGCGUUUUUAUCACAAAAUAAUCCGACUCAAAGUACUAGUAACAAUGUCACAGCGACGGCUACCGUGCUCAGUGGAAACGAAUUGAACCCCAGUUUGUUGGGGAGGAAACGGUAAGAGUUUUAUUAAAGAGUUUUAAAGAUUAAUCAAAACCUUUCUUGACAGCUCAUAAAAUGGUAGAGUAACUUAUUGUAAGAUAACAAAAGAGAAUCCAUCGUAUAAUAUGUCUCCUGCACGCUGCAGACGAAAAAAAAGUUGUUUCGUUAUAAUGUUUACAAGAACUUUCUUUACAAAACAUAACAUGGCAAGUAUUUUCUUUACAAAGCAUAACAUGGCAAGAACUUUCUUUACAGAUCAUAAAAUGGCAAGAACUUUCUCUACUAAGUAUAAAAUGGCUAGAACUUUCCUUACAAAUCAUAAAUUGAUAAAGACGUUUAUCUUUUCCGAAACAGUCAGAGAAAAGAAAAAACCUUUUCAAAAGUAAAGUUUUUCCCAAAGCGUAAAAAAGUCGCCGCCGCGUGAAACCCAAUCAAAAAACAAGUGCCAUAAACGCGACUUCAACUUUAGUCCAAAAAAAGUUUAGCUUCACGCUCAGCAUGAUCCGCCUAUCAUGCGUCUGAUGGCCCUAUUUAACCUUUAUUGGCCCUUGGCCAACGUCAGAGGCGGCUGGUCGAAUAGUUGGCCAAUUUUUGGGAUGACUUUAGGUAACUGGAGUCUGAUAUCUGUGGUUUUCUUGCCACUUUUUGCUUCGUAAAGACGGUUCUUGUCAUUUUAUGGCUUGUAAAGAAAGUUCUUCCCGUUUCAUACUUUGUAAAGAAAGUUCUUGCUAUUUUUUGGUUUGUAAAUAAAGGUCUAGCCAUUUAUGUUUUGUGAAAAAAUUAUUUGCCAUUUUAUAGUUUGUAAGGAAAGUUAUUGCCAUUUUAUGUUUUUUAAAGAAAGUCUUUGCCAUUUGUAAUUAGCCACCAAAUUUCUUUACAAUAGCCCAGUUGAAACCUUAAAAUUCCUUUAAAAGGACAUUUAAUGCCAUUUUUUUAUCUAAAUUAAGUCCCAUAAUUUCAGAAUCAGAACAACAUCAUCAUCCUCAUCAACAAAAAGGUUUUGUGAUUCGGCCGAAUCCUCCAGCCGGCCGCUUGACCUCUCCCAGAAGCCGAAAGAAGAUGAACCCACUGACAAGUCCGAUGCCAAGAAGCCUUUCGCUUGUGAUUGUGGAGUCUCGUUUAUGACAAACGAAACCCUCACCAGUCAUCGCAAAUACUACUGUAAGAACCGGGUAUCGGCCGACGAAAUCGAGGAAAUGGAGCCCUCGAGGAAGGUCCCAUCACAGUGUUCCCAAUGCGAUUACAUUCCCUCCACCCACGCCCAGCUAGCACAACACAUUCGCCACAAACACUCGCUAGUCCAGGCGUUCGUCUGCCUGAUUUGCAACUACAAAGGCUAUUCGGCCCGAGGCAUUAAAAACCAUUUGAGGACUUCGCAUCCGGAAGAAAUGUCAAAACGUCGUGCUGACAGUGAGAGUACCAUGCUGUCGGACAAGAGCCUACUACAAGAUUAUGUGUUUUGUGUUACAGCCGAUACAAAACAAAUUCCGUGUGAAAAGUGCCGAUUGGCAUUCCCCACCGAAGACCUCAGGAACCGACAUCAGUGUCGGGCGCCCGAUAGUUGA